GAAAUCGGUCCAGCCAUUCACGCGUGACGGCGUGACCAAGGGAAAUAGGGACUCAUUUUUAUAUAAAGAUAUCUGACAGAGUAUAUUUACAACAGCAUCUGAUAGUAUUUUUUACUAUAAAUGUAUAGUAAAAGUACUUCCUUGACAAAUUUCAAUAGUCAGCUGGUAGCAAUUAUCACUCUAUUAUCUCUUUUCUAUGGAUAAAACUUUCAUUGGCAAGACAAAAGGAUUUGUUGCCCUUGUUUGUUAACCCGUCAUGACUUGUCAAAAUUUUAUUUUCAAAUAUGUUAAUUGGCGCCUUUAUAAAUAUCGCUACAAUUGCGAUGUUGUCGCGCUUCAGUAAGACGUAAUGCAGCUGCCGCGACGCAACAUCCAUACAGAAAUCAAUGUGUACAAGUCGCCCUUUGUAUCGCUUUCGACGCGCGUUGCAAACACGAUUAACGCGCGACAGUAGUGAUACAGAAGCGCGUUUACGCGCGUCAUUAUUGUUGCAAAAUUAUCGUAUGUAUAUGUACUCCCGUAUUUCAGGCGACUUAGGAGAUCAUAGGAUAGGUAUAUAUUCAAAACAUGAAAUUGUUAUCGAAUUCAGACUCUUUAUACUCCAACAUUCGAGCCUUAACCCAAUGAUAGCUAACUAGUGCUAGGAAGAAUACAUUUAGCAAAAGUCGAAAAAUCGUAACGAAAUAAUAACCGCGAUCAAAAACUCGCAUCAAUGAAUCCACCACCAAAAAAAAAAUGUCCCAAAGUAUUUGAUCACGAUUGACUGCAACACGAAUCUUAGAACAUCAGUGCUUAUAAAUAGGUCAUCACUCAUCAUGAAUUCCUCGGAAUUAGAGUGCAGUAUUUGAUGACAUAAUUUUCUCAAGCAUAUUACAAACACAAAUUAUUACAUAGCACGAAAAUAGCUCUGACACUCAGUACGUCAACAAAUAAGUUCUGUUUACUUUUCUGUUAUCUACAUUAUCUUAUCUGAAUGCUCUCAGCUGUGCUCAUAGGUUUGGAAGUCAUUCAUCUCUAUUUGCUUUAUGGAUUCAUUAAUAAAUAUUAUAUGUGCGAUAAUAAUACUUGUUAAAUUUUCGUUAGUAAUUGUUCAAGAGCACUUUUCGGUCUAGAGUGCAUGUGUAAAUUUUUUUCGAGACACAUAAAAGAUUAAUAAUAGACAUAAAAAUAUAUAUUCUAGUUAUGUAAUUCCAAGUUUGAAUAUUGCAACGACAUAUUGCUCAGAAUUCGUUGAUAGUAACGUGCAUCGUGUUUUCAUUCGGAUGGCCAUAAAAGUUGUAUGAAGUUAGUUAGGUAGCGAAUAUUGAUUAGGGUGUGUUGUGCGCGUGUGUGAGAGGCGCGCACCCCUGCGCAAGUCGCGCGCCUCGCCGCCCUGCGCCCCGCAAAUACUCCGCCACCAUUUAAUACUGAUGUACAAUUAUCGAACUAUUCCCAAAUAUGUACUCGGUUCGGAGCUAAAACAAGGCGUGAUGCGAUCCAGUGAUCUUAACCGUACUGUCCCUUAGGUACCGUGCGUGUCGCAACGAAAAUCAAUAAAUCUCGUAGUGUUACACGAGUAUUGCAUUUUACAAGUGCCCGACAUGUAGCCGUAGGUGUUUAGUGUUCCAAUAGUGUAUUUCCGUUUCAGUGGUAACGGACGGUUAAAGAUCCCGAUGUUCAAUCACAAGUUACCGACUGACUUUCCAAUGCAAACCCUCCGUAAGAAAACCAGCCCUUGCAAAUAGGGUGUGUUGUGGGCCCGUGGCGGAGGAGCUGCGAUUCACCGGGGGGAGUAACAUCAUAACUUACUAUUUGUCGGUUUGUACGGAAAUUAUGCAGGUGUGUCAUUUCCAACACCUCCUGCGGCAGUUCGACAAGAACGAGCCUGGCCGGUUCCUCGGCGAGGGCGUGUCGUUCCGCGCGAAGCUGAUCGGCGUGCUGGAGGUGCCGGAGGCGCGCGGUGACAGGAUGUGCCAGGAGGCGCUCGCCGACCUCAAGAUGGCGAUCAGGGCUGCCGGCGAACACAAGCAGAGGAUACAGGUCCACGUGGCCAUCGACGGACUGCGUCUGCGCGAUGAUAAGACCGGGGACUCGCUGUAUCACCACCCAGUGCACAAGAUCUCGUUCAUAGCUCAAGACAUGACCGACUCCAGAGCGUUCGGGUACAUAUUCGGCUCGCCCGACACCGGACAUCGGUUCUUCGGCAUCAAGACUGAUAAGGCUGCUAGUCAAGUAGUGAUAGCGAUGAGGGACUUAUUUCAAGUAGUGUUCGAACUGAAGAAGAAGGAAGUCGAGAUGGCCAAACAGCAAUUGGAAGGAAAGACGGUCACUAGCAGCUUGACGAGGCAUACCACAGUAUCUACCGAUACUAAAGCAAAGAGCAUAACAUCUGGCGAGCCGAGUACGCACACACCGAAAGCGGCCGAGCCCGGCGCGGAGGGGGGUGUCGCGGAGCUCGUGGACCUCGAGCAGGAACUCAGCUCGCUGCGGCGGGGGCUCACACAGGUCGAGGGGCUGACCCCAUCCACCGACCCCUUCGGAGACUCCUUCAUUGUACCCUCACAGAAGGGUCUGCUCCCGCCGCCGCCGUCGGGCGCGCCGAGCCGCGGCCGCGCCGGCGCCCGCGCGGUGUUCAGCCCGAGCAAGACCGCGGCGCUGCCGUUCGACCUGGCGCCGGUCGCGGACUUCGAACCCGCGCCGCCCGACACUAGACCGGAGCCGCCGGUGAGCCAGCCCACCACGUCCACGACCCAAACGCUCAAUUACGACGUAUUCACCGAGCUAGACCCACUCGGCACAGGCCGCAGUAAACCUUACGUUGACAAAAAACUAUUCUUUCAGGAGCUCAAAAAUCCUCCAAAAAAAGUUCUCAAAGACCUCGUACCCACAACGCAGAGUCUAAUAAACGAUAUAUUGCCAGUGACGACAGAGUCGCGAAGCGAUUACGGUCCGGCGACCACGAUGACGUCGCUGUCUCGACACUCGGGCGGGUCGGUCACGAUCGCCAAGCCGCAGGGUUCCAUGUUCAGCUCUAACUUUUUCUCGUCCGACCCGUUCGCGGAGACCGAUCCUUUCGACAACACGGAUCCCUUCUCCGACUCGUUCAAGGACGACCCUUUCACGAGCAUGCAGGAGUUCCCCAAGACGAGCGUCCUGCGGCCCGACGACGUCAACGCCAAGUCCAAGGAGAGCGUCGCCGACAGGGCCGAGCCCGCCGCCGACGCCAACGUGUUCAACGGCCCGCUGCAGGUCACGCUGCCGCCCGAGCCCGCGCCCAAGUCGCCCAGGCUGCAGCGACAGGGUACGGACAGCAGUGGGAGCUUGCCAUCGGUGCCGUCCGUGCCAGCCGCGCCGGGCGCGCCCGCGGCGCCGGUGGUGCCGGGCGGCGCGGGGCCGGCAGGGCGCGCGCGGCUGGCGUGCUGCACGGCGUCGCCGCCGCCGCCGCUGCCGCCGAAGAAGGCGGGCGAGACCGGCGCGCGCCCGCCGCCGCGCCCGCCGCACGACGUCGACGACGAGCCCGCGCCGCCGCUGCCCAGGCCCGUCAGGAAGAAAGAACCCAUGGCGGACCGCAGCACGAAGCCGCGGCUAUCAUCAGCAGCGACUAACAGCAGCGAGGACGAGUACCUGACGCCGGCGCCGCCGCCGCUGCCGGCCGCCAAGCGGUUUGACAUCACGCUCAGCCAGUUGCUCACAUGCACUAUGGACGACUUAGCCAACAGAUUACGAGUGCCGGCUGCUACAUUAUCUUCGAUGACAUUACCUCAACUAACGGAGUACCUGAGGUCAUACCUAGCUGCCGACAACGACAGAGCUCACAUUCACGUAGAUCCAACACCAAAAACAGAGACAGAGAAAGCAUUAGCCAUGCCUCCACCCAUCGAAAAGCCGAUACCUUCUGCACCGCCCUUAACUGACUUCAAACCACAGUUCGAAGAUAACUUCGCACCAACGGUCGAUUCGAACGGAACUUUCGUUGCUAAUUUCGAUGAUUUCGAAAAGAAAGCGAAUCCAUCGUACGAUAGAUACGCUGCGUUCCGCGAAAUCCAAGAACAAGAGCUAAAAGCCAAGUCGAUACUCGACCCUAUAGAUACAGAAAUAGACCUCAAACAAGAUUCUGAUGAGAAGGAAGAAUUGACUGCUAUAGAAAUGAUGAAAACAAACCAAGAACGGGAAAUGGAUAUAAAGGAACCCGCCAGAAGUCCACUGAAAACCUUAGACGAGUUGACUUUGGAUUCGUUUAAUAUGUUCCGUAACUCUGUUAGUCCGAAGCCGUCGCAGAUCGAUGCUAAGAUUGAAGAUAUAAAGUCGGUGAUGAAAAACUUGCAGAUAGAGAAGACUAGGAGGAGCGUGUCGCCGCGUGACAACGGCAGCAUCGAACCAAGACUUGACGAUGCUAAUGAUAGGUAUGCAGCAUUACGGGAAAUAACAAUAACGGAGCCGCAGGAUGAAUUCGAAUCGUUGCCACCAGAAGUACCGAAGGAGCGAAAGAAAUCUGACGAGAAAUCGGACGGUUUUGACAAUUCAGACUUUUUCGACUGCAUCGACAAUAGCUCCCUCUCUUUCACUCAUGUUGAGGAUGCGUUUAGAAAGAGCCCCGUGAUAAAAGAGAGGGAAGAGCCGAAGAAACUCGAGGAAAAGAAAGAGAUAGCUGUUGAGUUGACGCCAGUGAAGGAGUUACAACCGCCUGAGAGGCUGUCUACAGGUUCGAUCAGUGAUGUUGUUAGCGGGUCGUCACCUGAUACCAAAGAGAAGUGUCCGGGCGGCGUGUCGGGGCGCUGGGGCGUGCUGCCGGCGGGCGGCUCCAACUGCUCGUCGGACCGCAGCAGCCGCGAGUCCGAGCCGCGCACGCGCCGCCGCGCGCACCACCCGCCGCCCUGCCGCCCGCACAUCGGUAACCGCGCACUCCAAACAUCGUCAUCAUCUCGAGACGUGUCUCCGUGGGACGAGGACUUACCGCCCGUGACGCGGCUUCAACGACCGCCUUCGCACCAUCGCGACAGAGAAUCCAGACACAAUUCAUCCGGUUCAAGAGAAUGUUUAGACUCUGGCAGCGGGAGAGAGAAAGAGAAAAUAAGAGACAAACGGGACAUGAGAGACAGAGAUAGAGAUUUAAGUCGGGACGGUAGAGACUCGGCCCGGGACCGCAGAGACUCGGGUAGCGGGAGAGACAGACGCGACAUCAGCAAAGACCGAGAUCAUAGAGAGAGUCGGGAUCGCAGAGACCGCAGGAGUAGAGACCGGGAGAACGACUCGUGGGACCGAGACAGGACUUACAGCCGCGACCGGGAUUACAGAGACUCGCGCAGUAGAGAGAGACCGCCCAAGGAUUAUAGGGAGAAAGAUAGGGACAGGCAUCGGAGGCAACGUCACUCGUAUGAUGAAGAAGAAGAUUACAGUGACGGGUGUGGUUCAGGAAGAUCGUCUCCUCGAGAUAGAUGGCCCGACCAACGGUGGAGGAGAGAUGAGAGAAAUUACGGGUCACUUGGAUGGCGAGAAACAAGACGUAGAGCUGAAAUGAGACAAGUUGAGGACUCGGGUGACAGAAGGUACGGCUCGACGCUAGGCUGGCCGGGACGGCGCUCAGCAGCGCGACGGGAUCCCGACCGCGACCGGGACCGGGAUUCCGGUCGUGACGCCCGCGACCCCCGUGACUUGCGCGACAGCCGGGACUCUCGAGAAAGUAGAGAGGCGCGACGACGAUCCCGGCGCGAGGAGGCACGCGGCCGGACUCGAGACUAUCGGUUCUCGAGUGAGUUCUCGCCCCGGGACGAGAGAGCCUCGCCGUUUGACGACUUCCACGAUCCGCUUAGUAAGAAGCGUCCACCGUACUCCACCCUCGACGGCACCAGGUUCGCGUUCGAGCCGGAGGAGGUGACGGCGUCGCCGCUGUCGGGCAGCAGCGCGCGCGCCCGCGACGGCGACUCGCCCGCCACGCGCUUCCGCUUCGACUCCGACUCCAUGUCGCCGCGCUCCAUGUUCGAGGACGACUUCACGUCGCUGCCGCCGGCGCCGCCCGGCCCCGCGCCGCUCCCCGCCCCCGCGGCCGGCGCGCCCCCGCUGCCGCCCGCACACCGGCCCCGCACCGCCUCCAUCGCCGAGGAGGACGAGGGUGAGCUCCCGCCUCUGCGACCGAAACCCUCCCAGCAGGUUCACAGAGACAUAAAAAAGUCUGAGUCGAUCAAUAUAUUCACGCGCGACUCGGAUCCGUUCGAGGGCGACGCGUUCUUCGCGUGCACCGGCUCCGACCGAGUGGCUCGCCGCGAGAACUGGCCCGGGGACUUCCAGGGGUUCGACAACGUGUAACUACUGAACUACGACCAAUGCCAUAGUGGAUCGCUUUCAAAACAAUUUGUAACUACGUUUCUGCCAUUAUUAGAAAUUUUUGACUAAUGUUAGCUAUGAUUUAGAAACAGUUUCGUAUUUUCUUAAUGCAAUCACUCAUAGGUGCCACGUAGCUAAGUUUUUACACUUGUAAUGAUGUGUAAUUUUCAGUUCACAGACUAGAACCGGAAUCUGAUCUGUAAUGAAUUAUUUUGCUCACACAUCUAGUUCACAAUGCACGCGAAAGCAAGUCCAUUCAGUAUAAAUUAAUAAUCGAAUCUUGCCGUUUAUAAUUAUUAGAUAUUUUUUCAUGGAUCUCGUAUAACUAACUCGUUUAUAAAAUAUUGUCCCCGAAAGUAUAUGUCUAAAUUAUAACCACGAUAACGUGUAUAUUUCAAAUAUUUUUCAUAUCUUUAUGCAUUUAUUUAUAUAAGAUGUUUUAAAAUAUUAUAUUACCUUUAAGUAUUGCGUUGAUUAGAUCAGUUUUUUUUUUUAUUUGUUUUAGAAUUAUUCUUAAAUCUUAACUUUUAUUCGUGAGCUUAUUGUUCUGUGACACCUUAUAAUUUCCAAAAAUUAAUUAAUGCUUUAUUUAAAUGCAUAAAGACAUAAAAAACGUAGUGUGUAAGAUUAUGUGCCGCUAUUACCCAGUGUACGUUAGCAGGUACCCGACCAUAGCGACAUCUAGCGUAACGUGUAUAGUACUAAGAGAGACGCGCGCGCCCGCACGGACGUACAACUCGAACAUAAAACCAAAUUUAUGGAUACGGAUAUUUUUAUGAUAAAGGGAAAGUUGCGUAUUUUAGGGUGGUCCAGAAUACUUAAGUCCUUCCCCCCAUUGCGUCGCAUUUCUUAGUGUUAAAUACCCAAGACAGGAGGGGUCCAGAGUUACAUAGUAACCCCAUUGCAGCUCAUAAGAAAAACACACGAAGACGGACGGGCGCGCGCGUGUCAAACACAACCUGUGAUAUGUGUAGGCAACGCUCCUUAUUUCGUGACGCUUCCCAGUAGUCGUGUUUUAGUUUAAGCGUAUCUUAAUGCUCAUGUGUGUAUUCAUAGUGUACUUCUCAUUCUUUACGAGGUGCUCUGGUAUAAUGGAGGAUCCCACGCGUUUGGGUUCGGUGGCGUUGUUGAGGAGUGUUUAGAAAUCAACUUGAAGCUAAUUUUGGUCCUAUCUAUUGCUAAAAAACAUCGAGAUAGUCAUUUAUUUCUUAAAAAAUAUGUAAAAAUGGCAACUUAUUCAACUCAAUAUGUAUAAUUAAGAAAAUAAUUUAGUAUGGAAAUUAGACUCGACGAAUGCACAUUUUAGAGAGUUUAUUAAAAAAUCACUGACUAAAACCAGUAUUAUUGGAACACGAAAUAUAUCUUAAAACGCUGUAAAAGCCUUUUCAUUAUGUAAAUAUCGCGUAACGUAUUUUUGGAUUGCUGUAUAUUUAAAAGAACAUUCCAAGAUUUUAUAAUGUAUUUUUUUUAUAUCAAAAAAAAAAUCAAUGCAAGGACUCAUAUUAACAGCACUAAAUGUUUUGAAUAUUUCAAUAUAAAUGUAUCAUUAUAAAUCAAGUAACAUGAAAAAAAGGUUUAGUAUUAUUAUUCCCAUAAACUGCUCCAAACGCAACAUAAGCCAAAUCAUUUCUUGUCAAACUAUGGUGGAAACUAAUAAGCAAUCUAGAUCAAUGUCUCAGGUUUGAUCGCGAAUGAGCACCGAUCGGAAUAUAGUUAUUACUUACUUGUUUUGAUUGGUUUAAAUCAUGAUCGUCCCGGGAUAUCUACGGAUUUUUUAUCAGUUUCAGCCAUAACUGCUAAUUCGUAUAAUUAAUAUUCAACCCUGCAUAAAACACCGUAAUAGUUAAUAAUGAUUCUCAAUCUUUUUGACCACUCUGAAUAUAGGCACGAGCGGCGUGAAAGAUGUUUUUAAAUGCCAAAGUUUGAUGGAGGUACAGAGGGAGGCAACUUCAGACCGGUCUAAAAGAUUGAGAAUAUUUGUACCAACAAGUAAUCGAAUGUUGAUAACUUAAAUUAUAUUUUAUCUGUAAUUCAUUAUUUGUCACCAUUUUAGUGAUGAUUUGCAUUGUACAGUUAUUCCAGUAAUUCUCUUGAUAUGUAGUUAUCUUGUAUUUGUGUCACAAAAACUGCAUUUCACAUUCUAUAUGAAAAUAUUACACUGUAUAGACGAGUAUGUGAGCUAUUGAUAUAUAGAAAAAAGUCGACUUCACUAUCAAAACAUAAUCGAUUCGGAAUAAUAUAUGACUAUCGAUUUCGAAAUCGCUGUCUUCGGAAUAUCACGAAAAUUAACUAAUCAGAUUAAUUGUUUGACAUGCUUAUAGAUGCCUUAUUUUGGUCAGUUAAUUGUCAAGAUCUAUCUAAAGAUAGCGAUUGGGAUUGAUUUUAGCCGUUAACAGUAUGCUGCGUGAUCGGACAUGUUACUGUGUUAAAGUCGGUCGACUCAUUAAAAUAAAAUUAAUUAACACGUGCUUGGUACAUAAAUUUGCACUCAUUUUUUUUACAUGAAAGACAUUAGAUAUUGUUAAUAUUUGCAAUAAGUCAUAAGUAUUAUAUGGUAACUAUUUGCUAUUUUUUUGCUUUUAAUUGUAACUUAAGUAUUAUAGUUCAUAUGGUUAUUGUGAUUAAAAAUGAUUUUCCCUUUCUAUUAACAUGGGCCGUACAAAAACGAAUGUAUAGCUACAAAUAGGUAUGUCCAAUGUAUAGUAUAGGCUCGGACUAUCUAUUUGGCUUCCAUUCUACAAACAUGUCAAAGAAAUAUAUUCCUGUUAUUUUCCACUUUGGCCAAAUAUAUUUUAUCUUAAACUAACUAUACAUAGGACAAGAUGCCAAGAUACAUCUCAUUAAUCUUAGUUUUGCUCUCUGAAAACUUUAUUGUUGAAACUUACGCUUCCGCAAUAUUGUUUAGAUUAUAGUUACUGUGAUAUAUUUUAUUGUGAUUGUCAUUUUAAUUUAAUGUAUAUCUAAUAUGUUUGAAUGAUUUUAACAACGAGCUGUAAGACGCACCCUUUUAGCAUUUUACGCAUAGUGGUCUUCAUUUGGUAAAUUAUAAUGAAAAAGUAAUGUUAUAUAGGUUACUUAUAAAAUCUCAUUUCUUGACUAUGUGUGUGAAAGGGUUAACACUAUUUCUGUAAUAUAAAUAAGCAUAUUAUCCAUAGAAUUCAAUGUGACGCCGAAUAUUUUAGUCAAAUGCAAAAAAAUCCUCGCGUAAAGCUGCCAUAUUUAUUACAAUUUAUUCGAAUGAAUUUUAAUUUUGACCGCAUUUUAUGCGAUUUAAACAUGUUUACAAUGAUAAAUUAAGACAUUUAAAUGAAUUAAUAAGACACUUCAAACUACUUACAUUUUUCCUGUAUUCAUUUACAUUUCAAUUGUUAACGCCUAAUGCAAAUAGGGAUAAUUCUCAGUAAAUCGCUUGGACGGAAUUAGUACAGUGCCUUGCAAAAGAACCUAAAAAUAUUGUAUAAACAAGUUUUUGAGGGUAGUUGUUGAUGUCCAUAGGCGUUUGCUACGGUUGGUAACCAGUGGCGUUUGUAAAAAAUCAGUGACUGAGCACUUAUAGCCAAGGAAACCAUCAGCUAGAGGCGAAUUACUUUUGCAACGGACCUUACUGAUGUAGUGUGAAAUGAAUAUAAUAUGUGUACAUUGAUAUAAUAAAACUUUAAUCAUUGGUAGUAAGUAUUCAUGCAUGUACCUAAACUAAUGUUACCUAAACCUAGUGAUGAAGUCAAGUUUUUGUAUUAAUGUAUUUUUUGUACAUAAUGUAGCUAGAGGAAAUCAAUUAUGUGCAAUUACUACCACCUUUAUGGCGCAAUACCAAAGGUAUUUAUGUUCUGUAACUGUUGUGUAAAAUACUCGAGUUAUUAAAUUAUAAAGAAACAAUUCCAAAAAA